GACUCCAAUACAACCCAGCUCGGACCUAAUUACAGUACACACGUCCACACUUGGACAGUCAGGCACACAUGAUAACACUGUUGGUUUUGACGUUGGAGAGGAUCGACCAUUAGCUGCCUCCAUUGUAGCCAAUGACUGUAAGGGGCGGACAGCAGGCGCUGGGAGUUGUCUUCCUACAUGUCCCCGGAUUGGAGCGCCUUAAAAAGGCCAAGCAUGCUUCUUCUUUUUCCCUCCCAGCCCCCGCCCCCUCUUCUGCGCCUACAGAAAUAGAAAGGUGGGACCGAGAGAGCGCGGCCACAUCAGCAGCAUAGUUUCUUGUAUCAUAAUUUCAUCCAAGCAUUCAAAGCUUCGUGUUUAAGUUCGUUCACCUGCACUUGCCUUAGAAAAACCCGUCUUCUAUUAGCUUAGCAUCAGCAGCUAGUUCAACCAAAGGAGAGGCACGAGUUCGGCUAAAGAUUUAGCCGAGUUUGUAAAUAAUUACAGUCAGACAGCCUCUGGAGAGAAGGUGAUUUGUUUGUUUUCUACUGCCGUGUGUGGUUGAGGAGUUUUAGCCGAUUUAGGGUUUCUUUAGGGGAAUGGCAUUGGACUUCGCUGCGGGCUGUUUAGGAGGUGCUGCUGGUGUUCUGGUUGGACAUCCAUUUGACACCGUGAAGGUGAGGCUUCAAGUUCAAAAUGUGGACAAACCCCUUUACCGUGGAACCUUUCACUGCUUCCAGUCCAUUGUUCGCCAAGAGUCGACACUGGGUCUGUACAAAGGCAUCGGUUCUCCAAUGAUGGGAUUGACUUUCAUCAAUGCCAUCGUGUUCGGUGUCCAGGGAAAUGCCAUGCGUAUGCUUGGCCGUGACACACCACUCAAUCAGUUCCUUGCUGGCGCUUCUGCCGGAGCCAUUCAGUGUGUCAUCUGUUGCCCGAUGGAGUUAGCCAAAACACGCAUGCAGAUGCAGGGAACAGGAGAGAAGAAGUCUAAAAGGAAGCUGUACAAGAACUCUCUGGACUGUCUGGUGAGAAUCUACAACAGGGAGGGCAUCCGUGGCAUCAACCGGGGCAUGGUGACCACGCUGCUGCGAGAGACCCCUGGUUUUGGGUUUUAUUUCCUCACUUAUGACGUGUUAACGCGUUCCCUGGGCUGCGAGCCCGAAGACCCCUACAUGAUCCCAAAGCUGCUGUUUGCGGGUGGAAUGUCGGGCAUUGUCUCGUGGCUCUCCACUUACCCGGUGGACGUGAUCAAGUCGCGUCUGCAGGCAGAUGGGGUCGGAGGCGUCAACCAGUACAGCAGCAUUAUAGACUGCGUCAGACAGAGCGUGAAUAAAGAAGGGUGGAGGGUCUUCACGCGUGGACUGACGUCCACUCUGCUCCGAGCUUUUCCGGUGAAUGCUACCACUUUUGCCACAGUGACUCUGUUUCUGAUAUACAUGCGCCAGGGAGAAGAGUGCAGCCUCCAGGACUCGGAGCCCAAACCUGUGCAGCUGCAGCCCCUGCAGCCGCAGACGCAGCCCACCAGCCUGUGAACAUCCCUGCCAUCUGCAGCACAUCUGUCAAAUUCACAGCAAAACUUGAAGCUCGUCGCAGGUCUGUUCUGUUGGCUUCAGUGACCAAUAUUAUUUAAAUAAUAUAUAU